GCUCGGAGAUGGCGGAGCGGCCGCGACGCGGCCCGAGGCUCCGAGAGCAGGGAAGCUGGGCAGCCCCGGGACGCGGCGGAGCCCGGGGACAGCAGGGACGCCGCCCACUCCGCCGGGUAUGAAGCUGAAAUGUAGUGGUUAACAGCAUGGGGGAUCUGGAGAUCUGGAGCUUGACAGGCCUGAUUUUGAACCCCAGUUCCUCCACUGACUGAGCUGUGUGAUCCCGGGCAAGUUACUAAGCCUCUCAGCUUCAAGUUACUUAUGGAUUGUGGAGGCCAAGCUCGUGAACUUUGCUGAUUUGUGAUGUGAGAAGCUUUAUCAGAGCCAAGGAAGCUAGAUUUGCAGCGUGAAGCCAUGGUCCAGGAGGCCAUGGUGACUUGAGACUGCUGCUGCUUCUUCCUUUUCUACUCUAGAAUAAAUGGAUUUGGUUCCCAUCUCUUCAGGAAAUUGACCCUGAGUGAAUCCCUUUCCCCUAUUUUCCUAUCCUUCUACUCACCCAAGAAAACUUCUAUCCUAGAGGACUCCCACCUCCCAUCCCCAGAGGUGGUCCCUUAUUCCUCCUUUAUUUCCCUCGCCAUGCUCCAGCUGUGGAAGGUGGUACGCCCAGCUCGGCAGCUGGAACUGCACCGCCUCAUACUGCUGCUGAUUGCUUUCAGCCUUGGCUCCAUGGGCUUCCUGGCUUACUAUGUGUCCACUAGCCCCAAGGCCAAGGAACCCCUACCCCUGCCCUUGGGAGACUGCAGCAGCAGUGGGGCAGCUGGUCCUGGUCCUGCAAGACCUCCAGUCCCUCCUCGGCCUCCCCGGCCUCCAGAAACAACUCGAACUGAACCUGUGGUCCUUGUGUUUGUGGAGAGUGCAUACUCACAGCUAGGGCAGGAGAUUGUGGCCAUCUUGGAGUCCAGUCGUUUUCGUUACAGCACUGAGCUGGCACCUGGCCGAGGGGACAUGCCCACGUUGACUGAUCACACCCGUGGCCGCUAUGUCUUAGUCAUAUAUGAGAACCUGCUUAAGUAUGUCAACUUGGAUGCGUGGAGUCGGGAACUGCUAGACCGCUACUGUGUGGAAUAUGGCGUGGGCAUCAUUGGCUUUUUCCGAGCCCAUGAGCAUAGUUUACUGAGUGCCCAGCUCAAGGGCUUUCCCAUUUUUCUACACUCAAACUUGGGGCUCCGGGACUACCAAGUGAAUCCUUCUGCCCCCCUCCUGCAUCUCACCCGCCCCAGCCGCCUGGAGCCUGGGCCACUUCCUGGUGAUGACUGGACCAUUUUCCAGUCCAAUCACAGCACUUAUGAACCCGUGCUUCUUGCCAACCUUCGGCCAGCUGAGCCUCCUGUGCCAGGACCUGUGCCUCGUCGAGCCCACCUUCCUACUGUGGUACAGGACCUGGGGCUUCACGAUGGCAUCCAGCGGGUACUCUUUGGCCAUGGACUUUCUUUCUGGCUUCACAAACUGGUUUUUGUUGAUGCUGUUGCAUACCUCACUGGCAAGCGCCUCUGCCUGGACCUUGACCGCUACAUCCUGGUAGACAUCGACGACAUCUUCGUGGGCAAAGAAGGUACUCGCAUGAAAGUGGAUGAUGUUGAGGCUCUGUUGACCACCCAGAACAAACUCAGGACCUUAGUCCCUAACUUCACCUUCAACCUGGGUUUCUCGGGCAAGUUCUACCAUACUGGGACAGAGGAGGAGGAUGCGGGGGACGACAUGCUGCUGAAGCACCGCAAAGAGUUCUGGUGGUUCCCCCACAUGUGGAGCCACAUGCAGCCACACCUGUUCCACAAUCGCUCUGUGCUGGCCGACCAGAUGAGGCUCAACAAACAGUUUGCUUUGGAGCAUGGGAUUCCCACGGAUCUGGGUUAUGCUGUGGCCCCCCACCACUCGGGCGUGUACCCCAUCCACACGCAGCUCUAUGAGGCUUGGAAAUCUGUGUGGGGCAUCCAAGUGACCAGCACUGAAGAGUACCCCCAUCUCCGCCCUGCCCGCUACCGCCGUGGCUUCAUUCACAGUGGCAUCAUGGUUCUCCCCCGGCAAACAUGUGGUCUCUUUACUCAUACAAUCUUCUAUAAUGAGUAUCCUGGAGGCUCCCGUGAGUUAGACCGGAGCAUCCGAGGUGGAGAGCUCUUUCUGACAGUGCUGCUUAAUCCGAUCAGCAUCUUUAUGACCCAUUUGUCCAAUUAUGGAAAUGACCGGUUGGGUCUGUACACCUUUGAGAGCCUGGUACGCUUCCUCCAGUGCUGGACACGGCUACGCCUACAGACCCUUCCUCCCAUCCCUCUUGCACGAAAGUACUUUGAACUUUUCCCUCAGGAGCGAAGCCCCCUUUGGCAGAAUCCCUGUGAUGAUAAGAGGCACAAAGAUAUCUGGUCCAAGGAGAAAACCUGUGAUCGACUCCCCAAGUUCCUCAUUGUGGGACCCCAGAAGACAGGCACUACAGCAGUUCACUUCUUCCUGAGCCUGCACCCAGCUGUUACUAGCAGCUUUCCUAGCCCCAGCACCUUUGAGGAGAUUCAGUUCUUCAGUGGCCCCAAUUACCACAAGGGUAUUGACUGGUACAUGGAUUUCUUCCCUGUUCCUUCCAAUGCCAGCACUGAUUUCCUGUUUGAAAAAAGUGCCACCUACUUUGACUCAGAGGUUGUACCACGGCGGGGAGCUGCUCUCCUGCCGAGAGCCAAGAUCAUCACUGUGCUCACCAACCCUGCUGACAGGGCCUACUCCUGGUACCAGCACCAGCGAGCACAUGGAGACCCAGUUGCUCUGAACUAUACCUUCUACCAGGUGAUUUCAGCUUCUACCCAGGCCCCUUUGGUACUUCGUUCCCUGCAGAACCGCUGUCUUGUCCCUGGCUACUAUUCUACCCACCUGCAACGUUGGCUGACUUACUAUCCCUCUGGACAGUUGCUGAUUGUGGAUGGGCAGGAGCUGCGUACCAAUCCAGCAGCCUCAAUGGAGAGCAUCCAGAAGUUCCUGGGUAUCACACCCUUUCUGAACUACACACGGACCCUCAGGUUUGAUGAAGAUAAAGGCUUUUGGUGCCAGGGACUUGAAGGUGGUAAGACUCGCUGUCUUGGUAAAAGCAAAGGCCGGAAGUACCCAGACAUGGACACACAGUCCCGCCUUUUUCUUAUGAAUUUUUUCCGGAACCAUAACUUGGAGUUGUCGAAGCUGCUGAGCCGGCUUGGACAGCCAGUCCCUUCAUGGCUACGGGAAGAACUACAGCAUUCCAGUGUGGGCUGAUGUCCCGGCCCUCCUAUACCAGCAAAAAGCCCCCUACUUCCCUCUGGGGCAAGCCCAGAGCAGGGCCCACAAGGGGGGUUAGUGUGGCCUGCCCCCGCCCCCUUCUACCUCAGUGGCCCCCAUGGCUGGGAUGGCUGAGAAGGGAAGGGCAUGCCUUUCCCAUAGCUCUGGGGCAUACUAAAGGGGCUUCCCUUGGUACUCCAUAUCAUGGUACUGGGUACCUUUGACCAAUGAACUUGAGAGGUGGGGAGGAGUAAGAGGUUCCAGGAAGAGUAUAGAAUGUAUUAGUCCAGUGGUUUUUCCUCUUUAUCCCCAGCAGUGUAUCUGUCUGGACCUGGCUAUGGGAGGGACCCCUUGCUGUUGCCCCUUUAGUUGGGCAGUGGGAUCUACCUGUGGCCCGGCCUCCCUAGUGUCAUUCACAUUGAAUGGGGAUGAGGUCGGACAGUGGCUCACAGAGCUGAGUAUGAGCCCUAGCUUUGGGCCAGAAAUGUCCUUAAUAAACAUCCUUAUUUUUCUCUUU